GGCGGUUCAUCGCAUUACUUUACUUAUUAAGCACGCGCGUUGCUAAUUUUGUUAUAUAUUUUGAUCAAAAUAGCAAAUAAAUCUAGACAAUGGCAGAAAAACUAGAAGAUUUGAACCUUCCUUUAACCGUAGUCACGCGUAUAGUGAAGGAAGCUUUGCCAGAAGGAGUUUCAAUCUCGAAAGAGGCCCGGACAGGGCUUGCAAAAGCUGCGUCAGUUUUCGUUCUAUACGUGACUUCUGCAGCAACAAACAUAGUGGAAAAGAAGAAGAAGAAGGCCCUAACUGGUCAGAUAGUGCUGGACGCUAUGAAAGAUAUAGAAUUCGACAGAUUUAUAGAACCGUUGACGGAGUCUUUGGAGCAGUACAAGCAAGUGAUGUCGGCGCGAAAAUCGGGUGGCAAGAAGAAAGAAGAGGAAGAGCCUGAAGUUAUUGAGGACGAUUGAUGCGAUUACGUUUGUGACUAUAUCUAAGUUAGUAAGUAACAUAGUUUACAAAAACACAUACCUACCUAUUUUGGGUACUGAACUGCUCCUAUGUCCAUGAUAUAUCUGCCGUUAUUGGAAUACUUUUUAGAACCCAGUGCCAGAUUAAGACUUACAUACCUUAAGUAAUUCUAUACACAAAGCCUGUUCUCUACUUUGAGUCAUCCAUCAGAUUCAAUUAAAUCUUAAGAUUUUGGUGUACUCCUUAAGCAACAUUAAAGGUAAAUUCUAAAAGGCGAUUGCUUUUAUUAUGUGAGUCGCUUAUCUUCAAGCUCGGGUAAAUCCAUCUGUCAGAUUAUGCAAUUUUGAUAUUAGGAAAAGGUAAUAGGGUAGAUAUUUGCUGAGAGGGUUGCAUGGAUUUACCAGAGUUUGAAGUUAAGCGACACAUAUCUGCAAAGUGUUAACUGGAUUUUCUUAUGCUGCUUCAACUAAGUUAGUAUGAAACUACAGUAUUUGUAUAAUAAUUAGAGAGUUUUACUCAUGGAAAAUCAUAAGUUAUUUUGUAAGAUAGUAGUUAUAAGUUUUUAUGUGAUUUAAAUACAUGAUUCCUCUUUUUUAAA